GUAACUACUUCCGGGUCGGGUUCCACUUCCGGCUCGGCAGCCGGCGCCGGGCUGGCGCUGCUCCCGGUGCUCUCGCCAUGUCCACCCUGUUCCCCUCACUCCUGCCCCGCCUCACCGAGUCGCUCUGGUUCAACCUCGACCGGCCGUGUGUUGACGAGACCGAGCUGCAGCAGCAGGAGCAGCAGCACCAGGCCUGGCUCCAGAGCAUCGCUGAGAAGGACAACAACUUGGUGCCCAUAGGAAAGCCGGCGUCCGAGGUGGGUUUGCUGGAGCUGUUGUGUCCACAGCACUAUGAUGAAGAGGAGGAGGAGGAUGAUGAAGAUGAUGAAGACAGCGAAGAGGACUCAGAAGAUGAUGAAGAUAUGCAGGAUAUGGAUGAGAUGAAUGAUUAUAAUGAGUCUCCUGAUGAUGGGGAGAUCAAUGAGGUGGACAUGGAGGGGACAGAGCAGGAUCAGGACCAGUGGAUGAUCUGAUUCUGCCACAACCACACCAAACCGGAGGCUGGGGGAGAGCCUUUGCCCCCCAUGGCUCUGGGGGACAGUUCAGUGAAGCUCCUCUUGCCAUGGGUGCUGUGUGGGGCAGGGGGUUCAGAGGGAAACUCCCCCGGGGAGCCAGAGGGGAGACUGCCACCUGGCACUUUGGAGCUGACAAGUCUUUUGUAAUAAACUCAGUUUUCAAAA